AUGGAAAUAGAAUUGAUGGAUGAGAGUGAUUUAGAAAAUUACGAUUUAAAUAAUAUAUUAGACAACGAUGAGGAAAAUGAUGACAUAAUAGCAGAAGUUGAAAAGGCAGAUUGCAUUGAAUAUGAUGAUCCGUUGACAAGUACUGUUGUCAAAGGACAAUGGGUCUUGGUCAAGUUUGCCUUAAAAACUAGUGUUAAACACUAUGUUGGGGUGGUUACAGAAUUAAAUUGUGAAGGAAAACCAACAAUCAAUUAUGUCAGAAAAAGUAGACACAGAGGGAGCGAGGACAAAACUAUGUUUGUUUUCCCACAAGUACCUGACAUAUGCGAGCUCAGACAUCUAGAAGAUAUUGUAUGUAAACUACCAGAUCCAAUGACAGGUCGAAGAGGACAAAUAUUUUUCAAAAUUACCUUUCAUGGCUAUAACGUUCAGUAG